AUGCUCAGGCUCAGCGAACGCUUCAGCGGCACGGCCCUGAUCGUGCUCAUUACCUUGGUGAAUGCCACUUCCAUGUCAUGGUUCGGUUACGAUCAGGGAGUGUUCUCGGGCGUCCUGAUCUCCAAGGACUUUAAAAAAUGGUUCCCAGAGACAAGCAAGGCGAAUGUAUCGGGUAUCACGUCCAGCUGCUUCGCUCUUGGAGCCUUUUUCGGGGCCAUUUUUGCCUUUACGCUGGGAGAUAAACUCGGAAGGCGCAAGACAAUCGCGGUGGGAUUGACGACCAACUUCAUCGGCGCCCUUCUACAGAUCGUUUCCUGGCACCUCCCCCAGAUGAUUAUCGGCCGAAUAAUCAACGGAUUCGGAAUGGGCGUCUCUUCGUCCACAUGCCCGGUAUUUCAAGCCGAAUGCUCCAAGCCUCGCAUCCGAGGCAAGCUCGUCGUUGUCGGCUCUCUCUGCAACACUGCCGCCUUUUGCCUCGCGAAUUGGAUGAACUAUGGACUCUUUUUCCAUUCCGGGCCCCUGCAAUGGCGGUUCCCCCUUGGAUUUCAGCUUCUUUUCCCCAUCGUCGUUGCGUCCGCCCUCUUAUGCGUCCCAGAAUCUCCUAGGUGGCUUAUGCUCAAGGACCGCCAUGAAGCCGCUCGCAAGGUAAUUGCUCGUCUUCAUGGAAAGGACACGCCCCUUGAUCAUCCGGAAGUUUCGGCCGAGUUCCUCUCCAUUCAAGGUACUAUCGAGCUCGAAAGGAAGGAUCGGGUCCCGGUCACGGAUGUUCUCCGGGGCCGAGACAAGACGCAGACCUUCCGCCGAUUGUUGCUCUCUUGCGGUACCCAGUUUAUGCAGCAAUUCAGCGGUGUGAACGCUCUCGGAUACUACCUUCCUACCCUUCUCCAGCAGAGCGUUGGCUAUGAUGAGCAGACAAGCCGACUCUUGACUGGCGUUAAUGGAACCAUUUACCUAGGUGCUGCAUUCUGCUGUUUGCUCCUUAUUGACAACUUUGGCCGCCGCAAGAUGAUGCUGUACGGUGCUUCUACAAUGGGCUCUUGUUAUCUUAUUGCAUCUCUCUGUCUCAAGGCUGCCCAGAGCGAUGAAUCUAAGGAGGCAACUCUGGGCCGAGUUGUAACAGCAAUGUUCUUCCUCUACUACUUCUUCUACGGAACUAGUUUCGCCAAGGUCGCUUGGGUCUAUAACUCCGAAAUCAACUCCAUCGGCUGGCGAACUAGGGGUGCGGCGGCGGCCACAGCCACCAACUGGAUGGGCGGCUUUAUUGUCACACAGUUCACCAAAGUUGGCGUCGACAACCUCAAAUGGGGAUUCUAUCUUAUAGUCUUCGCUGUCAUCUGCUGGGCGUACUUCCCUGUUGUCUACCUCCUUUACCCAGAGACCACUCGUCGAACCCUGGAGGAUAUGGACCAGAUUUUCAUCCAGAACCCCUCCAUCUUCGUCUGUGGCAAGCCUGAUCUUACGCAGCGUGAAAGACCUCUUGCCUUCAUCGAGGCUGAAGAGCGAAGGAUUGCCGAAGCUGCUGAAGGCAAGCAGAGUGAGAGCUCUGAGCAUGUUGAAGGGCGUGUCUAA